CUUAUUCCCCAGCUUGACCAAACCAAACUCGCAAACAAGCAAGGACGGGUUCUGUCGUCCAAGCCGUCCCUUGCCGGCUGACCAAGUAGUCGUCGUUGGACCUGUCAGCCCUUCAAAUUAAAACGCCUACGAGUUGUGCCGCCUCAUCCAUUCUCACCUGUACCUUCAAUUCCUUUCUCCCCGGACGAUGACCAUGGCCAGCACCACCUCUCCUCUCCUCGUCCUGCUCUCCGCCAUGGCGGUGGCGGCGCUCGUCGCAGCACCAGUCUCGUCGGCGGACCUGCCAUCCACCUUCGCGGACAUCGCGUCCAAGAUCCCCAACCCGUGGUCGGCCUUCAGGAACCUCACCGGCUGCCACUUCGGCGAGGAGCAGCAGGGCGUCGCCAAGCUCAAGGACUACCUCGCCCACUUCGGCUACCUCCCGGAGUCUUCCGGGUUCACCGACAUCUUCGACGCCGACCUGGAGGAGGCCAUCAAGGUGUACCAGCGCAACUUCGGCCUCAACAUCACCGGCGUGAUGGACGCGACCACGGUGGCCCAGAUGAUGGCGCCGCGGUGCGGCGUCGCCGACGUCAUCAACGGCACCUCCACCAUGGGCGCCUCAUCCCACGCUCACGGCCGGAACCUCUACUCCUACUUCCCGGGUUCCCCGUCGUGGCCGCGCUCCAAGAAGAGACUCACGUACGCCAUUACCGACACCGCCGCGACGACCAUCGACCGGGCGACGCUGAGCCGGGUGUUCGCGCGGGCCUUCGCGCGGUGGUCGGCGGCGACGACGCUCAACUUCACGGAGACCGCGUCGGCGCGGGACGCCGACAUCACCAUCGGGUUCCACGCGGGGGACCACGGCGACGGCGAGGCGUUCGACGGGCCGCUCGGCACGCUGGCGCACGCCUUCUCGCCGACGGACGGGCGGUUCCACCUGGACGCCGCCGAGGCGUGGGUGGCCGCCGGCGACGUGUCGCGGGCGUCCUCGGACGUGGCCGUGGACCUCGAGUCCGUGGCCGUGCACGAGAUCGGGCACCUCCUCGGGCUCGGCCACUCGUCGGAGCCCGGCGCCAUCAUGUACCCGACCAUCACCUCGCGCACCAGGAAGGUGGACCUGGCAUCGGACGACGUCGUGGGAAUCCAGAGCCUGUACGGGGGCAACCCCAACUUCAAGGGCGUCCCGACGACGACGCCGGCCACGAGCAGCCGGGACAUGGACAGCGGCGCCGCCGGCGCGCGCUCCCGGCCGUGGGACGCGUUGGUUGCCGUCCUAGCGGCGGCCGCUGGGCUCGUGGUGGCGUUGUAGUGAGCGGCAGCUUCCCGGUCGUCGUUGACCAAUGUGCUCUGCUCUUUUACUUUUUACCUUCAGCUGAUUUGUAUGGUAGAGUAGUAAUUUGUUUAUCUGGGGGUAAUUCUUGUGUAGAUCGGUAGAUACAUUUGUAAUUUACCUGUUACAUAUAUAGACACAUGGAUUAGAGAAUCCAAUUAUAAUUUCUAUCGAGAUACGGAGUAAUAUAGAAAAUGGAGUGAGAUGGCA